UUGGGACACCGACCAGUAUGUGUUGGUCGUUCUACUGCCUUUAGGACUUGUCCUAAUGAUUGUACUCCCUCUGAUGGCUUUUGGCAUCUGGAAAAGAAGAUCAGACACGUCACAAUGCAUAGAAGACGAAAACGAUCAAAUCGACUCAUUUGGGAUGGAUGUGCCACGCAACAGGAACCCAAACAGACCUGGUACAAUUACAGGAAGUCUUCAGGGUGCAAAUGUAUCUCCAGAUGGUAACCCAUGUCUUCACUUCCAUGACGUAGAUGAAGGGGCACUCGACACACACUGUGAUGACGCAUCAAACAUCCACGGAGCAACUGGAGAUAUGACCCUUGUCCCGUGGAGCCAAGAGGCUGCAAGCGUUUCUCCAGAUGACAACGCGCGUCAUGGUGACAUAACACCACUCGAUACUCACCGCCAUGCCACAUCAAAUAUCCACAACGGAACUGGAGAUAUGACCCUUGACCUGCGGAGUCUACGUGGUGCAAGCGUUUUGGAAUCUGUCAACACGGGUCUUCAUGACGAAGCGACAUUCGAAGCUCGCCAUCAUGUCGCUGCACAUCUGCUUUUUGAUGUGCUCCAUCUGCGUCAGACCAUCAACCAUGAACCGCUCGAUCGUUGUGAGGAAGAGGAUACAGACAGCACUCUCACCGAUGACACUAAUGUUGAGAACAUCUCAGAGGAAGACCCUUAUGUCGAUGUUGUUGUUUUAAACAUGUAGUUUUAGUUGCCCCAGACGAUGUAUUGUCAACUAAUAAGAAUAACGAAAGGACAUGUGUAUCGUUAUCACCUGGUGUCAGUGGACUUUCAGUGAUCCAUUCAUAUAUUUUUUCGCCAGUAAUUUGGUCAUACGCCGAAUUUCUGUUAGGCUAGACUGGUUAUUCUCUCUGAGGUUGACGUUUUAUGUAUAUUUGACAUACUUCUCUUUGCUAAAUCAGCUCUUAACGUUAAUUAUAGUUAAAAUGAACACUGCGUUUGAUGCCAUUCUGAUCUAAUAUACUAUAGACAAUGUAAGACAUUAAAAGCAUCUCUGCCAUGAGACUGAUAGAAGACCGGAAUGCCAACACCGCACUGUCAUCGCAACUAUCCGAGUGUGUCAGAAGCGGUUGAUAGCUCAGUGGUUGAAUCAUUGACUUGCACGGCGGCUGACCGGGUUCUAAUC